AUGAGGUUCAAAUUCUCUCUCACGGCCUUAGGCCUGGAAGUUGCUAUGAUUGUUUUAUUUGGGUUAUUUGUCGAGUAUGAGACAGAUCAGAAUGCUUCCCCACAAGGCAACGCUACGAAGUCAACAAAAGUGGACCAGUUUCCUCAGUUAUAUCCCUUUUUCCAAGAUGUGCAUGUCAUGAUAUUUGUUGGAUUUGGCUUCCUCAUGACCUUCCUGAAGAAAUACGGCUUCAGUGGUGUGGGUUUCAACCUCUUCAUUGCUGCUCUGGGCCUCCAGUGGGGUACCAUUCUGCAGGGGCUCCUUCACACCCAUGGAAAGAAAUUUCACAUUGGAAUUAAAAGUAUGAUACAUGCAGACUUCAGUACAGCCACGGUUCUGAUUUCUUUUGGAGCUGUCCUGGGGAAAACAAGUCCCAUCCAAAUGCUGAUCAUGACAAUUCUAGAAAUUGCUGUCUUUGCUGGCAAUGAAUAUCUGGUUACUACUAUAUUUGAGGCCUCAGAUGUUGGGGCAUCGAUGACGAUCCACGCCUUUGGGGCCUACUUUGGCUUAGCUGUAGCAGGCAUCUUAUAUCGAUCUGGUCUGAGACAGAAACACAAGAAUGAAGAAUCUGUAUACCACUCUGACUUGUUCGCCAUGAUCGGGACACUUUUUCUGUGGAUAUUUUGGCCCAGUUUUAAUUCAGUCAUCGCUGAACCUGGAGAAAAGCAGUAUAGAGCGAUCGUCAACACCUACUUGUCCCUUGUCACCUGUGUGAUCACAGCCUAUGCUUUCUCCAGCCUUGUUGAGCACCGAGGCAAGCUUGAUAUGAUCAGGAAUGUCAAAGAAAAUAAAAAUAAAAACAAAAAUCAUAACAGAUGGCUACAUGUUUUCAAUACUCUAUCUACCAUGGCCAUGCAGGGAGCAGCACUGGGCUCCUCCAUCGGUUCAGCAGUUGCUGGAGGUCUGGUUACAGGUUUAAUUCUCAGGUUACCCAUCUGGGAUCAGCCCCCUGAUGAGUACUGUUUUGAUGAUGCUGUUUAUUGGAAGGUCCCCAAGUGGAGAGAACAUGAUGAUCAGUUCCUUCAACAUGAGAACCAGAACCAUCUGGAACCCGAAGUCUAA